AUGAAUCCGUCAUCAACACCUCAGCAUUCUCGCAAACUUCUAAACGUGAUGAAGGGCUCGGCCUUGGCACCACAACCCCACGUUAGACCCCCAGAGAGAACCAUAAGUGUUGUCAUCACCAUCAUCGUCAUGGCCAUGCUCAUCUGCACUUUGGUCAUUCACUUAAUCUUUACUUGCUUCCGCCGACGCCAACACUCCGUCCAUCAGUCUCCACCUGCGACGUCGUCAUCUCAUAGCGACGAUCUCGCUGUCCUUCCUACUUUCAUCUACGCCGAAGACUCGGUCUCUGCUUCUUGUUCUUCUGCCAUGGCGUCGUCAUCGGACUCCGAGCCGAUUUGCGCGAUAUGUCUGGCGGAGUUCGUGCAUGGCGAAAUUGUAAGGGUUUUGCCUAGGUGCAAUCACAUGUAUCACAAGGAAUGUAUCGAUCAAUGGUUGGUGGUGAGGUCCCUCAGCUGCCCCAUUUGUAGGGACCAAACGAUCGAUCAGGACGUCGAGCCCAAGAGGAGCCGCUGCACCCAUGCUAAUGGGGUCGGCGAUCCAUCCAUGUUUCCGAAUCUCUAA